AUGGCGACGCUCGGCGAAGCCUACUACGCAUACCUUUUCGUCUUCUGCGGCCGGUACGUCCAGGAAGACUCGGUGCGCUUCGCCUUGGCCACUGUGUUCCACUUGCCGCUGCUCUUCUGCCUAUGGUCGUACGCGCAGACUACGUUCACGCCGCCGCCGUGCGUGCCGAGUUGCUUCCAGUUCACCAAGGACGAACGUCUCGAACUGGUGCGCUGCUCCCGUAACACCAGCUCGAGCGUAUGCGUGCUAAAGAUGGACCACCACUGCCCGUGGUUCAACAACUGCGUCUGCUUCAGCACGUACAAGUUCUUCCUCUUGACGCUGUUCUACGUCGUCUUCCUGGCGGCCUACACUAUGGCCAGCGUGGCCAUGUACAUGUUGCACAAGAACCCACGUCGCAGGAUUUGCACCGCUCGCGCCACAUAA